AUGGCUCAUAGAAACAACUUCCAACCUGCAGGGGCUGAUGAGGAGCGGGAGCCAUCCCGCGUGGUCGUAGAGGCUCAACGAAACCCACCUCCUCGCCUGAACGCAACUCCACAGUUGGACCCAAAUCGCUUCAAGUUCGGAAAGAAAGCUCUAGGCGACGAAGCCUUUGGCGAGAGACUCAGAAUCCUGAGCGACACCCAUCUCUUCCCGAAAAAGUUUCAAAGACCCGGUGUCAAUGUUGCGCCAGAAUCGUAUGAUAUCGAGCUAGCCAUCCUGCAGAGGAUGGUUAUUCAUGAUCUUCAGGACCAGCUCGUCAAUUUGACGAAUGACAUACACAACUCACGGAAUGUGAGUAGGGGGAUGAUGGUCGUUGCGGGCAGGUUGCUAAGAGAGUACACGGAGGCCAUCCGGAACUACGACUUCAUGAGAGAGCAAAAUAGCCUGGCAAAGUCGAUGGAUACUAUCGACCCGUUCCUAAUCACGACUAAGACCAGGCCUGGUUUCAUGAUGCUGAGAGAGCACAACAUGAUACCUGUCCCCACGGAUCCACCUGCCUGGUUAAGGCGCGUCGAGAAAAACAUAGACGAAGAUCAGGAAUGGGACAGAAACCAGUGCAUCCUCCCGGGGGGGUCGCGUUCGCAGAGGCAGGAGUUUAUUGAAAGAAAGGGGUUGUUGGAAAGACUGACGAUGGGCGUUGCGGGGGGCACUGCGCUGAUCAUCCCGAUGCUCAUCAUGGUGCUGCAUAAAGAUCUGUUGACGACAUUGCUCGUUACGAGCGUCUCGACUCUCAUCUUUGCUGGGCUUCUGGCAAUAGGAGGCAAGGGACUCAAGGGGGAUACGGUGCUUGCUGCGAUUGCAGCAUACGCUGCUGUCCUCGUGGUGUUUGUUGGAGCCAGCUCGUGA